AUGACAUUGGCACAAAAGAUUGCUCAGCUGGAUGUAUUUCCAAAAGUCGAUGUGGAUAACCAAGCACGCAGCGAAAAAGGAGGCCUGCUCACUGUUUUACUCGGCUGCUUUCUUGCACUGCUGACGCUAAGCGAGUUUUCAGACUAUCGUCGAGUACGCACCAAUUACCAGUUCCUGGUAGAUCCAACGAUAGAACAAGGCAUCCAAAUCAACAUGGACUUGACGGUGGCAAUGCCGUGCAAUGUCUUACUCGUCCAUGUGUACGAUGCUUCAGGGCAACAAAUGCAUUUGACGGAGAAUCUCAAGAUGGUACCGGCGGAAUUCUCCAUCAACCGUGAGGAUCAAAAAAGAGCAUUGGAUUCCCGUUAUUUGCAAGAAGUGGUCAAGGCUGCAAGUGGAAAACCUUAUGAUGAAAAGAUUGCUGCGGAAAUGGGUGCAUGCAGGAUUUUGGGUUCUAUCUACGCAAGCAAGAUUGCUGCCAAUCUACACAUCACGUCGCGUGGACACGGAUAUCACUCUCAUAGUCACACGGAUCAUUCAUUGUUGAAUUUUACCCACAGGAUAGACGAGCUUUCCUUUGGCAAAUAUUAUCCAAACGCGAUCAACCCACUGGAUAACAGCAUCGAAGUCUCAAAUUCUCACUUUGAAGCUUUCCAAUAUUUUCUUUCGAUCGUGCCAACGACAUACAUUGGUCGACAAAAGGAUGUCAUUAUUACCAACCAAUAUGCAGUGACCGAUUCUCGCAAGGCAGCUCCUGAUGAUAGACCAUCGAAUAUGGUGCCUGGUAUCUUCUUCAAAUACGACAUUGAGCCUAUUUCGGUCCAAAUAUCAGAAUCACGGCAAUCAUUCAUCCAUUUCAUUGUUCGAUUGUGCGGCAUUGUUGGUGGAUCGGUGGUCACUGUUGGAUUUAUUUAUCGUACCAUCAAGCUGAUCUUGACCGGCGGCAAGGAGGAUCCCAAUCUUUAUGCACCAGCCCACAACCUCAUGCGUAGUGUAUAA